GAUCACAAGGGAAUUAUCGGGACUUUAAAUCAAGGUUGGGCGUCCAUACGUAUAAAUUAAAUUUAAAAAAUUAUGGUAUACGAAAGGAUUAAUUUUUAAAAUAUCAGCAAAAAUGCGUGUUACCUUAUCGAAUACAUAUGGUGAGCUUGGUGAAUUUUAAAAAUGGCAGGCACUACCGGCUAAAAUACUUUUUUUUUCCGUAACGCGAUGGCUGAAUCGAAUGACACUGUUGAAACGUCCGCAACGAAGUCUGCAAAACGGAAGGAGAAAAUAUAUGCUGCAGUAUUUCUGAGUACCGUCGCAAGUAUUUCUGCCCUCGCUGGAUUUGCCAGGACGGUGGCGGCAACGAGGAGGCAAGAUCCAAAGCAUUUUGGAGAUGGAAUAUCUGGUAUAAAAGGAAUUCAUGAAACUGGAGCCUCAUUAGCUAUAAGAGCCCUUGGCUGGGGUACAGUUUAUGCUGUCACAGGAUGUGGCUUAUUAUUUUAUGGAAUCUGGAAGAUCUCUGGAGCGACUAACGCAGAGGAAUUCAGAUUCAAGAUGGGUUCUCUGCUACCUAAAAUACCUAAAAAUAAUCCACCCCAGAGCAGGACAGAGUUUGCAGGCUUAACAGAUCUAUUGACAUACAUUUCUGAAGAUUGGGGACGAAACAAAGAGGAAUAAACUAAUAAGCAUCUUGUUCUGCAAUCGUAUCACUGUAUUUAAUUACAUACGAUUUGCGUAAUCAAAAUUAAACGAUUAGGAUUCGUACGAUUGGAUUACGUACAGACUGCAUGCAUGAAUAAUAACACAAAUAGCAAAUGUUGGAAGAUCUUGUGAAACAGAUUUCGUGAAACCGUGAAUUGAAUCGAAUGCCGAAAGUAUUAAUUUAUGAAAGAUUUUGUAUAUUUAUUGUACUUAGUUAUAUUUAUCUAAUAAAAAUUACGAAGUGUUAUGUCUGUCUCAUUUUACAGAAGAA